AUGUCUCAGGCUUGGUACGACAAAGCAAUCGCACCGGACCACAACCCAGAAGAUGAAUGCCGCCCAGCAGAAGCUCGAGCUCUGAAGCUCUAUCUUGAUGACGAGAUAGAGGUAACGAAAGCCGCGCGCCUCAUCACCAAGCCCACCGAGUCUUCAGAAGAUCCAGGCGCUGACCUCCCGGACUUGUGGGCUCUCUUACAGGACGCAUUGAUUGAGCUGCCCAACUCUCAACAAAAACUCGUUCAUCUGAUCUCUAAUAUCAGAGAUCUACCGAUGUUCGAUCUUGACUCACAUGGCAAAAAGCGAAGUGGCCCGCUCCGAGGUCCCUCGAGCUCUCUCUGGUAUAAUCUUCCUUCGUUCGCCAACAGUUGGUACGAUGGUAAUUGGUGGUACUAUCAGCACGAGUGGCGCGGGAAGCCAGAGCUUUACUCUCCGCACAACAACACCGCUCAAAUCUCCAACCUGGCUCGUGCGGAAGCGCUAUUCGCACAAACUGAUAUCUUGGGAGAAAGAGUCAAGUACGAAGGCCUCUCUCUCUUCUGCGAUACCCUUGAAGAUAGUAACGCUGUCAUCGAAAUCGAGAUCUUCGCCAUUAGGGAAUGGCUGGUGAAUGCGCGCGAUCUACUUUACGACAUGUCGAGAAUCCCACACGAGCAUUAUCUCUUAUGUUCCAAUGAUGACAUUAGAGACAAGAUCGCAAAGAACGAGAUGCAUGUCGAUAUCAAGGACAAACGCGACCUUUGGCAAGGCUCUGGUGGCUCAAGCCUUGAACGGUGGAACUUUUGGAAGCAGCGCUUGCAGGUGCUUCAGGGUGAUGCAGAUCUAGACGAAGGAACUCGGGAAGUCGUAACAGAGGCUUUGGAUGCCAUGGAUUGA